CAUGAUUAUAAAUGUUCAUUUUACGUUCCAGUGAUUAACGAUUGUGUUUACACUUGCAACAUCCACCCCUAUUUUGAAUUUCAAAUUUUGAUUAUUGCCACGUACAAUGCUUGUAAAGACGCAAUAUAUUGAUCCCAACUUUAAAUAAGAAUUUUGGGCAUUUCUGGAUUAAAUUAUUGCAUUACUUGACAAAGUUGAUAAAAUACUAAUAAGCAAUGAAUAAUUCAAGUUCGUCAUCCACAAGUGAUUCUUGUCAACCGGAUGGUAAUUAUCGUCAUUGGUUCUUGAUUCCUGCUGUUGCAAUAUUGACAAUAUUAGCAUUUUUAAAUCGUCGUAAGAGCUUUAAAACUGAAAUGUUUAAAGGUCGUCCUGGUGUUGUGAUUCCGAUAGAUUUUCUGGACAGAAAUCGUAACACAAUUGUAACUUUAUUUGGAGCAAUAACUGGUUCUAUUUUGUUGCUUGUGCGGAAUAAUUUUACUUCUCAUGACAAUCCUUGGGCUAAAGCCUUCCUGACCAUUUUAAUUUGUAUUGAGAUUGCUUUUCUCUUUCAUCCAAUCUUUGGAUGUUUGGCUUCACAUUAUCGUAUUCUUGGAUCAUUGUUAGGCUUUAGUUACAGUCUGUCGUUCUUCUUGGUUGAAAAUAUUCAAAAUUUUGAAUCUUAUGAAAAGUGCAAGGGCUAUACUCUUCCUCGUAUAUUGGAAGGCAUUCCAUUGUUUCUUUGUCAAUUAUUUAUUAUUGGCAAAUUUUUGAUCGUGUUGUUUAAAGAGAGAAAGAAUUUUGGUCAACUAUUCUAUGAUGAGACCAAAGAUAAUUCUAUCAAUGUAAAACUUUCAUUACCAUGGUUCAAUGAUUAUGUCAAAAAUAUUUUUUAUCCAAGACAAACACCUGACCACUCCAAAGUUUUAUCAUAUUUAAGGAAGAUCUACAAUCCUCAUAAAUAUUUUAAAUUUUCAACUCAUACUUUAUCUGUGUUGAUGGUUUGUUGUAUUAUUUUAUAUGGCGCAACAAUUCCUUUUAUUAUAAUUGUUGCUCAAUCCUUUAACGUUAGCGACCAAAAUUCAACUUCGGAAGACGUUAUUCGCGGCAUUCGUGUUUUAUUAGAUUGCUUAAUCGCAGCGUUGAUUCUCACGUUUUUGUUUUGUGCGCUCUCCCUUCUUCGUUUUAUGGAGAACCAUAAAAAUAACAUGUUACGAAUGUUUAAAGGCGAUAAAUCCUUCAUUCCAAAAAGAAUAGAAUCUUCACAGUUUAUGAUCGGAAAAUCUUUGAGAUAUCAAAGUUUUCAAAUUGGCUAUUUUCUUUGGGGUUAUUUGUUACAGUGGCUUAUGUUGUUCCUUAUUUGUGGAUUUUUCUACAGUCUAAAGUUUCCCAUUGUGCGAAAAUGGGUUUUGAAUCGUGUCAAAGUAGCAAGCGUUUUCUUUGCUGUGGGAUUAUUAACAUAUCUUACUCUUCCUUUGACUGCUGUGACAAUUUUCCGUGAUCCUGAUUACAAUAAAAAUGUAAUAUCCAUGAACAACAGGAACGCGUAUUUAGUAUUUUCAUAUUUUUGGUUCUUCAUUGGUCUUCCCAUGGGAAUAUUGUCAGCAUUGUCACGUAUUUUAAAAGCAAUGAUAAUUGGGCUUAUUUUGUUACCAAGAGUGGAUCAUAGUGUUUUGCCUGAGGGUUUUCAACGAUUAGAUCCUGGUUAUAUUUCGUACAUCGCCUAUCUUCAUGUUCAAGCUGCAUUUAGAAAUCCUAUUUUACGAGGAUUUUGUCAAACAAUUUUUGACAGAAAAAAUGGUAUCCGUCAAUGGAAAUGCUCACCUCAAGCCCGCACCAGGUGGUUCCUUGCCUUAACCUUGACCCGCAAUCCUGAGAUCAUCAGUUAUCGUAAAGAUAAGGAAAAAGUUUUAAAUGAUCCAGUUCGCACGAGUUCUUUGAAAAUCAAUUUGCCCAGUUCGGAUGAAACCAACUUAGUUGUGUGAGAUAUAGUUAUAUCCACGACAACAACGUUUUAGUGGGGAAUGUUAACAAUUGUUUGUUUUGUUUUUUAUAUUUACUUUCAUGGUUUGAUAGUUAAGGAGAUUGAAAAUUGAAGUAAUGGUCAACUCACAAUCCUCAGAUCAUCAGUUAUCGUAAAGAUAAAGAAAAAAUUUCCUAUGAUAAAGGAAGCGUCAGUUCUGAUAAAGAUAAUCCGUUCGGUUUGGAAAAAAACAAUUUAAUUGUUUGAGUUAUGAUUUUUUGUUUCGUUUGUUAUAGUUUUUUCAUAUUUACAUAGUUGAGAAGAUGAAUGAAACUAGAAAUGUAGUUUUCAAUUUAAAGUUCAAAUAUGACAGGUAUUAGAAUGAAGCGAUAGAGGUAUUUUAUUGCACAGAAAGUCCAUUAAAGUACAAGCAUUUAAAUUAAAAAAAUAGAAAUAAAAACAUUGAAACUGUGAAA